AAAACUUUUCUUUUAAAUAUUUCUACAUCUUUAAAAUCUUGUGAAAGUUUCUCUGCAAAUUUUGUUACUCUGCUGCUACAACAAUGAAACAGAAACAACAUAUUCUUAACGAAAGCCCAUUCUCUUCCUCUCCUGGUUCUUAUUCUUCAAUCUCAGACCGUCCCAUCUCUGUCCUUAACCGCAACAGUCUCCUCCUACUCCUUCUCGCUCUCUUCUUUCUCCUCGGUGUAUUCUUACCCUGGCCAGGAUCUCCCUUAUUCCUGUUUCCAAACAGACUUUCUUCUUUUUCUUCUUUGUCACCGUCUCGGCAGUCCAAAUGGCAUGACUAUACCCUUGCUCAGGCCGCUAAGUUCGUGGCCAAGAACGGCACUGUGAUCGUCUGCGCCGUGAGCUCACCAUUCUUGCCUUUUCUCAACAACUGGUUGAUUAGUGUUUCUAGACAAAAGCAUCAAGACAAAGUCCUCGUGAUCGCUGAGGAUUACGCUACUCUGUAUAAAGUUAACGAGAAGUGGCCUGGCCAUGCCGUUCUUAUUCCUCCGGCGCUCGAUUCUAAAACUGCAUACAGUUUCGGUUCCCAGGGUUUCUUCAAUUUCACAGCUCGAAGGCCGCAACAUCUCUUGCAAAUAUUGGAGCUAGGUUACAGUGUUAUGUACAACGAUGUUGAUAUGGUUUGGUUGCAAGAUCCGUUUCCGUAUUUGGAGGGAAGCCAUGACGUGUACUUCACGGAUGACAUGCCUCAAAUUAAGCCUUUGAAUCACUCUCAUGAUUUACCACAUCCGGAUCGAAACGGAGAGACUUAUAUAUGUAGCUGCAUGAUUUACUUGCGUUCCACUAACGGUGCAAAGCUUCUAAUGAAGAAAUGGAGUGAGGAACUUCAAUCCCAAGCUUGGUCUGAGUCCACCCGUUUUAAAGCAAAUGAUCAGCCUGCUUUUAACUUGGCACUUAACAAAUUAGCUCAUCAAGUGGAUCUCUACUUGCUUUCUCAACCAGCUUUUCCAACAGGAGGAUUGUACUUCAAAAACGAGACAUGGGUUCAAGAGACAAAGGGCAAACAUGUUAUAGUCCACAAUAACUACAUUGUCGGUUACGACAGGAAAAUGAAACGUUUCCAAGAAUAUGGUCUAUGGCUUGUCGAUGAUCAUGCUCUCGAGUCUCCAUUAGGGAAAUUACAAUCGAUGAGAGGCGUCACACCCAUAAACCCUCAGAAGAAGAUAGAAGCUGAUUUGAAUCCCGUCAAAGAAUCAGAUUGCUAUGAAGGCGAACGUCUUACUCAUCUACUCGACUUGAUUCAGAGAGGAAUUGAGACGUCCAAGCUUUCGAAUGUGAACUCAUUGCCUGAGAAGAUAUGGCUCAAGAAACAAAUCGCGAUUGGGAUCAACGAAGUCACUCGUGUUCUUGAGAGGAUGAAAUCCAACACUACUGACCAACAACAAAACCCUAGACCAACUCCUGUUCAACUUCAGGUAGUGAUUGUAGUAGCAGAUUGUAAACCGAGGACGCUAACGAAGCAUAUACCCAACUUAGCUGCUUCAAGGAAUGUUCCGGUACUCUAUAUACGAGACAACAAACGAGCCUCUCUCAGAUUAGGAGAGCUGGUUAAGCUCAAGACGGCUCUUGCCAUCGGUGUCAAGGCUAGAGGAAACGAUCUCAAUCUACUACUUCAACAGAUUCUUACUAGAGAUUCUUGAUCCUGUAGGAGAAGGGAGUUUCUUUUAUCUUGUUAUGAUGUGAUAUUUUCUCAGUGUAGUAAUAUAUACAGAUAAAUGACAUUGACAACA